AUGUCUACCCUAGCCCCUCUAGUCUUAGAACUCGCCACUAUCGAAGAUCUUCCCGCCAUUACAGAGCUAUGGUUCACCGUAUUCAAUGACCCCGGCAUGCGCAAGCUAUUCCCAGACACGCCAGGCGCGCGUGAAUGGUUCACUGAAGCCAACCGCAUCGACAUGCUCACAAAGCCCUAUCAAAAAUACAUCAAAAUCAUCGAUCCCAGCACAAAAGACGCCCAGGGCCAGACACGGAUAGUCGCAUAUGCGAAAUGGGACCUAGCCAUGCCCGACGAACGCGGGGCUCGAUUCCCGCCUUGGCACGGAGACAUGCCUAGCCAUGAUUGCGAUGCGUUCUUUGGAGGGCUGGAGAUAGAGCGCAAGCGUGUGAUGGGUGGUCGGAAGCAUUACUAUCUUGAUAUGCUCGGUACGCAUCCUGACUACCGCUGUCGCGGGGCAGGCUCUAUGCUUGUUCGCUGGGGAUGCGAAAUUGCAGAUCGCGAGGGUGCUGGAGCGUAUAUCGAUGCUAGUAAGGCUGGUGUCCCGCUCUAUGCGAAACAUGGAUUUGUGGAUCGCAGUGAACCCACUGGACCAAGAGAUGUGGUCGCGAUGGCUCGAGGAUAG